AGGCUGUGGUAUCACUACCUGCCCCCUCACCGCGGGGCUCUGCUCCCCGGGAACCUCGAUACGUCCCUCGCCUCCCCGUACGUGCUAUUUCGUAGCUAGAAAAAUUAAGAAGCAAGUUGCACAUGCAGUGGCCUACGAUUUGAAGUUCGAAAUGCUGUAACUUCACUGAGGAGGUACUAUUUUUCUGUCCCAAGUAUAAGUAACAGAAACAUGACCACAUCAAUAGAAUGCCAACAGUGUCUAUGCAAAGAUGCGUAGCAAUGGACAGAGAAAGAGAUUAUGAACUGGUUACUGAAGAAUUCCCUAUAUUGAACUAUGGUAGGAGGUGUCCAUCAUGCUCUAUUCAAGGGACUGCUUCCUAAACGUGCCUCAUCCUGACACCUGCCCGUUCCAGACCCAGGAACACUCAUUUUGGGGUGUGCUGUUUUAAACCAUGGUGGUCUAGACUGCUAGGAUUUGUGGGAUUGAACCAAAUGCUUACAGACAUUUCAUCUGACUUUUUCAAUCAGUGGUUCAGUUUGGCUUAUUGCAGGAAGCAGAACAUCUUUCACCUGUGAAGACCACGGAGUCUCCAAUUCUAUGAGAAUAUUCACUUGAUAUACUCUAUUAUUUCCAGGAGAGGGCAGCAUUUUCCUACAUCAGCUAAUCCAAAAGUAAAUGAGGAACUUAGGAAAAGAUUGCCAACUCCAAAUCAACACAAUUACACAGAAUUGAAAAAGAAGAAGUGUACAGCUUCAUUUGAGGACUUUUGUAAGGAACUUGGUGUUCUGCAAUAUGAGCUCUGAAAUCUUGGAGCAAAAAUUAGAGUCAGUGCCAGAUCAAACAAGUUCAGAAGAACAAAUGGAGGACUGGGCAAAAGAAAUACAUAUUCUGGAACAGAAAAGAGAAGACUUUUGUGCUGAAUUUCAGUUUCAACAAUAUUAUUCAAAAAAACCAGAAUUUUUCAUCCAGGCAGAAGCUGAAACCCUGAAACUUUCAGAUUUGCCAGUAACCAGCCUAAGUGGAGGAUCCCCAAAUGCAUGUGGUGAUUAUAAUUCCAGUCCAGAGGAAUCAAGCUCUGUAGAAAGAAAGGGUGACAGGAUACUCCCUGACUUUCUGUCUUCAUGGAAAGAUGCUGCAGACUUAGGUGGAAAGACAGAAACUGCAUUCCUUUUAAAAGAAUUGGACACUCUAAGGGCCAAAAAUGCAAAGCUUCAAGAUAAGCUGUCUGAAAAGGACAAGGAGAUGAAGACAAUAAAACUGGACUUAGAACUGCAAGAGAGAGCUACAGAAGCUAAGAUUGCAGAAAAGAUUGCAGCUCUGGUGGAAGAAGUUUAUUCUGCUCAACGGGAACGUGAUGAGGCUGUCAUGGCAAGGCUCAGAUUAGCUAAUGAAGAGAGAGAUGAAGCAUUUCUACAAGUGCAGCAUUUAGAACAGUCUCUCAAAGAGCUAGAAAAUAUUAACCCUGAAGAAAAUGACAUGACAUUACAGGAAUUACUGAACAGAAUAAACAAUGCAGACACCGGCAUAGAUAUACUGAAGAAUGGAGCUAUAAUUCUGAAUCGAAUACACAGGACCAAAGAACGUAAAAAGAAAAUAGUAGCUGAGGAAAUGAAUGCAGUGAUAGAACAACGGGAUGCUGCUUUGUCUCAAUGCAAACGGCUGGAGCAGGAGCUUCAUCAUCUGAAAGAGCAGAACCAGACUUCAGCAAACAAUACGAGACAUCUGACUGCUGAAAACAAUCAAGAACGUGCUCUGAAGGCAGAAUUGAUAACCUUGCAACAAGAAAAAGAAGCUGUUCUUCAACAAUGCAAAAAACUAGAAGAAGAAAUCCAGACACUGCGUAUUUAUUACAGCUUACACAAAUCCUUAUCUCAAGGAAUGAGUCUGAAGGAUCAGCAUAACUGUACUUUUAGUACCUCUGAAAGUGGACUGAAGAGCAGGGAUGAUGUUGUGACCCUUCUGUAUGGCCAAGUUGAAGAACUGGCAGCCCAACUGCAGCGAGCACAGUCAGAGCAAAAGGACACAGAACUGAAGCUCCAGAAGGCCUUGGAGGCUUCACGGGAGGCCAAUGAAAAAGUUCAGAAGUUGGAAAGACUGGUGGACGUCCUGAGGAAGAAGGUUGGAGCAGGGACCAUUAGGACCGUGAUCUGAUUGAAAGCUCUAGUCUAAGGAAGCAUUCACAUCUGGUGACCAGGCUGCUUCAUUCAGCGCUGUGUAAACACUAAAGCCUUAACUUAGCAAACAGUUGUUAGAAGUGGGACACUCCAGCGACAUUCCAAGCUGAGAUAAAAUCAAAUCAUAAAUGUUUAACUACUUUGCUGCUGAGUUCUGUGAUUUGUCGAAAUAUUUCACUGCAAACAUAUAUUUGUUUUUAAGCAGAUGCAUUGUGGCACUAUGUACUGUGAAAAAUGGUGUAGAUGCUUAUUUUAACACUCUAUUCUCUGAAUGUUACUAGAUUGUAGUUUGCUGCAAGACAGCCUGAUCAUGUUUUCAAAUAUUGCCUGCUUCAGGUGCAAAACCCUGCAAGGCAGUUUCCAAAUUUAAAUCUCUUGUGUUAUUUCUGAAACUGCAAACAGUUCAGUAUUUACACGUUAAAUAUAUUAAUUGAUAAAGUAGGUUCACGUUCAAAAAAUGUCUCUGGUUAGUAUAUUGGAAAUUUUUUCCCCUUGCUCAUGGCCCAUUCAGUUGUGGCUAGUAAUUGCAGCUAUGUCCAAGGGAAGGAUAGAUAUAUACUUCUAUACAGCAGUGGAAUAACUACUCCUACUACACGGUAUUUUCAGUGUAUAUUAAAAACAAAUACACAGUUAGGUUUCACUGGAGGAACAGGUUCAUAUAUUGCUGUGUGAAAGCCUUGUAACAUUGCACAGUAUCCCAGACAGUGGGGAAUUUUCUGGAUUGGUGUUGAUAACUCUUCUGUCCUUUGCUAUGAGAGGAAAUCUCUCAGAUAUUCAGGAUCCACCUCAUCAUAGAGUCAAAACUCACCUCUUCAAUGUAACGUGGGUGUCUCACCCCUUUCCUACAAGAGUUUUUACCUGUUUCUUCUAAGUGGAAACUAGUGCUCUGUGGUGUAGGAACUGUAUCCAGGUUGGGUCUGAGGCCAGACUGCCAACUAUCUACUUUGCUUACUCCUCAAGUGCCCUCAGAGUGAACUCUAAGGCUGAAGAAUAGAAGGCAGCAAGGAGCUGAGAAAAUAGAAGUGUAGGAAGAAAAAAAUUCAGGUAUACAUAUAUUCUAGACCUUACAGACACAGCAGAGUUGGUCCUAGAAUUAUAUAUGUGAUCCAAACACUUCCACGUAUUCUAUCUGUCCUUGGCACAUGACUGAAGUUGAGCGGAGAGGUCAGCUCUGUGCUCUUAGAACCAUGCUCAAGAAGGUCAUGUAAACUCUAAGCAGCCCAAAUUCAGUAUUGACUCUUAGAAACACAAGGGGCUUCAAGCUACCCCCAGGAUGAGCUGGCUCAAGCAGAGUGAAUGUAGCUACUAAGGCUUCCACUUAGUCACUCUGCUUUGUCUUUAAUGUUGUUAUGCUAUCUUCGCUCUUAAAUUUUAAUUGUACAAAUGUAAUGAAAGAUUAGUAUAGCAGAAGAAUGAAGAAGAAAAUGAAACUUUAAUUUAGGGUUGAGGGAGACAUUUUGAUGCAUUGCUUCCCUUUCAAGCAUUUCCACAUUAAACCGUCAUCAUCUGCACAUCUAAGGUGCUCUUAGUUUCAGUUCACCACGUCUUGCCCCUUAUAUGGAAAUUGGUAGCAUUCCUUCAGUCCAGAUUUACCAGUCUCUUCUAGAAAAUUCUGAAGUGCUCAAGACAGCCAGCAACUCUAUCCCACACACUUACUUAGCAGGAGGAAAGUGUAAUUCUUCCAGAUGUGAACAUUGUCAAACUCCAGCUUCCAGCUUCUUAGCCAUCCGGUGCAUGCUGCUGUCCAGGGCUUGGAAGACUCUACUGUUUUUUUUUUUUUUCCCCCUUUACUAUCAUCACUGAACCUUAUGGCACCACUUGAAAGAUAAGAUCUCCUGAGCUGUUGGUGCUGUUGAACCACUUCUGAUUUAAGGAAAUGACCAAGGAGAGAAUGAAGAGGAAGAUACCAUACUAUGUUUGACCAAAGGCCCAGCUAGCCCAAAAAGUGCCUUUAACAAUGACCAGUAGUAGGUGUUUAGUAAAGGGUAUAAAAUCAGGGCAGAUGCUAGUGACCUUUCUCCGGAGUAGUCUCCCAGCCUCCAGCAAUUUGUUUAAGGGCUGUCUGAGCCAGAGGUGGUGUCUUAGUAUUUAGGGCUUUUCUUUUCAUGACCAAUUUUUGAGUCCAUUUAAGCUUCAAGUAUCUACUCUGUCCUGUAACAAGAAGUCUUGUAGUUAAUGAUGCACUGAGUGAAGAAUUAUUUCCUUUUCUUUAUUAUGAACCAGCUAGAUUCAUUUGAUAUCACCUAGUUUUUGUGUUAGAAGAGACAGUGAAGAACCAUUCCUUGUUGAUACUUUUUCAAUGUCCCUAGUGAUUAUUUGUGUUUCACAUCAUUCCCUAUCAAUCGUCUCAUUUACAGACAGAAGCCUUAGUCUCAUGUAAAGAGGCUAUCUCAUGUUUUUAAUUGGCCUUGUUGCGCUAAUCUCUUUCUUUUCGGAUUCUGCAGUGUUUUUACUGAGAUAUAGAACUAGAUUUGCCCAUAGAAUUCAAGAUGUGGACAAACUGUCAGUUUAUCAGCUGGAAUAAUGAUGAUUUAUGUUUUAUUCUGUCCUCCAUUUAUAAUCAUUUCUAGCAUUGGUUUUGCUUUAUGUUUCUGUUUUACUACAGCUGAUGUCUGUAAUAUUGUUUCUGUCAUAAUUUUAGGUCUCAUUUCUCGAUUAUAGUAUUCAGCUCAGAGUUCAUCGUAGAGUAUAUGGAGCCAGGACUGUUUUCUGAAUGCGUAGUUUUGCAUUUGGCAGUAAUAAAUUCCUUCUGUUGUUUUAUCAUGCAUUCACGGAAUAUCCUGAGUUCCUAUUGCGUCUCUUCUCACAGCUCAUCUUUACUAUUCACAGAAACUUUAUAUCAUCAGCAAACAUCACCAUCUCCAAAUUAACCCCUUUUUCAAGGUGAUUUCUGAGUAUGUUGAACAGCCUGGGCUCCAGCAAGGAUCCCUGUAGGACAAUAAAGUGACUUUUCUCCACUGUGAAAAUGAUAUAUUUAUUCUUACUCAUAGUUUUAAUCUAGCUUUUAAUUACUUACUUAUUCAUGUAAAGAUCUUCCCUUUUACUCCUUGACAGCUUUGAUGAGGAAGCUUAUUAGCUGCUUCGGAAAUGCAAGUUUAGUAAAUCAGGGCUUGUUUUCCAUGCAAGAAUGGGCUAAGUUCCUCCUUCAUCUAGGUGUAUCUAGAAUUCCCCAUCUUCCUCUAAUACUUUCCUCCUCUGAGCAACUAAUCUUGUGAUGCAGACUUCAUACAGCAAUAUUGUUUGACCUCCUCCUCUCAUGUUAGCUGGCUCUGUCUAGGAAAGUAGGAUCAGCUUGGCAAAAGCAGUCUAGCAGUCUUAAUAUCGGAUACAUCUGGCUGUGGAUAAUACUUGAUUCUGUAAAAUUAGAUGAUAAUUUUGCUUCUUAAUUUUCCUAUGUCACAUUGUACCUUAGGAGAAAAAAGUAUUUCCUAACUCUGUGUUAUAUCUUGCACCAAGUAGGCUGAAAUUCAAUGAGGUUUUUAGUUAUGUUUUUUGUCACCCUUGAGCUAAAUGACUUUGAAUCAUAAUUAAAUUAGGUAUUGAUUUUUAAAAUUCAGCUAGAUAUGUUUGUCUUCUUUGAGAAGGACCUUGGGAAAUUUGCUGUGCUGAGAGGCAAAGAUUCAGGAAUACUCAAGUUCUGACUCUUCCUUGCUAAUAAGAAGAGUGCACAGUCUUUAAUAAGUCUUUCAGUGGCAGGUAUAAAAGGUGUGUAACCACUAAAAAGGUACAUACGCAGCUUGGGAUAGUUUUUAAAAGCACCUGUGUGUUUAAAGUCAAAAUAUUUUUGCUUCUUCACCCACUGUAGUGAACAGUGAAAGUCACACAGCUUCCAAUAGUGUAGUGUAGUGUUCCUUUAGUGUCUUUGGGUGCAUUUCUGUCCUCGAUGAGCUCAGUGAGAGUUCCAGGAGCCUUUCAGUGUACUGGGGGCAGCAAUUCUCAUCUGGCCUAUAGAAACAGGGGACAAUCCUAACAUGGCUUAACUGACUUCUAUUACAUAGUUUAUCCAUUGUAAACACAUACAUAGUUUAUCCAUUGUAAACUGAUUGAUCUCUGUCUAGUGAUUUGAAGGUGAAAAAAAAAAAGUCUGCCCUGUGUAACAGACAAAUACAAUUUUCAUUUUUGUCCUAAUUUAUGAGAGAAGGGUGAGACUGUAUCAGAUUAUGUAACAGGAGAAACAAUUUGUUUGCCUCCCAAUGGAACAGCAGUUCAUGACAAAAGGUGACUCACAUAGGCAAUAAUUAUUAUGGUUGUAAUUUCUGGUCAAAGUAGUAUCCUGAUGAUUGUUUCGAAGAGCACUGAGAUACUCAGAAAUGUUCUUCCCUCAUGAGAUUUUGUGUAUUUCUCUGGAUAAUCCUGCAGCAAGUUACGCGUUGGGAGCUAUUUCUGAUAUAUGCCAUGGUAAAAUAUGUAAAUAGCAUCACAUUGUCUCAGGAUAAGAGCGUUAUUAAUGCUUUUCAGCAUUGUAAUUAUAUUCAUAGUAAGCCUUCCCUAAGCCCUCACUAAUUAACAAUAUUGUGACAAAUCAACUUUAACAGAAAAGAACUAUGCACCUUUAGUCAUUUAGUAGUGUUUUUCAUUCAUCCCACAGCCCAAAAUUUAUAGCAUGGUUUUCUAUACUAGUGUCAGGAAAACUGCUGAUGUUUGAAAAGUUCAGAGCCAACUCAGUCUUGUUAGUGGAAUCCUGUAGAUGAAAUCAGUUUGAUUCCUCUUUAAAUUUAUUCACUGGAAAGUAAGAGUCGUUAGUUAAUCAUUAAUUAGGGAAAUAUUAAAACUAGUUUUAAAAAUAAGCCAUCAUAUUGAAAUAGUUUAGUAAUGUCAAUAUGUUGUCACAGGAAGAUUUAUUUAUUUAUUUAUUCCAAAUCACAGGACAUUUCACAAGAUAUUCAUUCACCUUAACUGUCAAAUUAAAAUAGCUGUAUAAAUUUUCUUAAGAGGUGAUGAAGAGUUGUAACGUCCUUAAUCCGCAUACACAAAUGAACUUGCUAUCUAAAGGUCAAGUUUUCUCUAUGCCUUUAUUUUCUUCAUUUACAGUAAUUCCAGAUAAAAGCUGCUAGUUUUUUUCCUUUCGAUUUGGACCCCAUAAGUUUUUUCUCAUGUACAAGAAUAAACUGUGAGGCACAUUAAAGGACUGACUGGCAGUUUUUCUGAUACUGUUCUUGCUAUGAUUGCAGUGUUACAUGUACUGACUCUUAUCAUUCUACUAUUUCACAUGAGGUCUGCAGAACUGGACUUUCUCUGUUUGUUCUUCUCAUGCAUUGGUAAAUAAAAUGUAUUCGCAAGUCCAAAAAAAUGCACCGUUGUUCUCAUAUUAGGUUGAUUAUAAGUCAGUUGUUGAGCUUCAGUGGUCUAAACAUUUCAUUCUUCAAUUUUUUUGGGAGCACACGUGUUCUGGGAAGCUUUUAAACAAAUACUUGAAAUGGUUGAAAGAUUUACAUUGCCAGUGCCUAGCUAAAUAUGUAGUCUUUAGAAAAGACAUGGUUUAUUUUGGCAUCGUUUGAAAAACUCAAAUAUUUUAAACAUUUGUUAAGUUUGAGCUUGCACAUUUGAACUAAAAGUUUGCAUUCCAAAAUUGCAUCUCAGGUUACCUGUCUCUUUCU